CAUCUAUCAAAAACAACUUCAUCAUCAUAAAUAAAUUACUAUAAGCAAAGACUGACAAAAUCUUUUUUUUUUUUUCUUUUCAAAGGAGGGCUAGAGAAAAGAAGGUAGCCGUUAAUAUAUAGAAAUAAUGGCUCAAACAAUGUUGUUGACAUCUUCUAACUCCAUAAUUUCAGGCCAACCAUUGCUUCAAUCUCUUAGACCUAAACCUUUCUCAUAUCUUUUACUCCCUCCAUGUCUCCCAUGUACUUCGUCUCCGGCUAGGACGUCGUUUACGAGCCCCGUUGCUCUCUUUAAACCCAAAACUAAAGCUCCCGUCAAGAAGGCAGCACCGGCACCCAAGCCAAAAGUAGAAGAUGGUAUUUUUGGAACAUCUGGAGGUAUAGGAUUUACCAAGCAAAACGAGCUCUUUGUUGGCCGUGUUGCUAUGAUUGGUUUCGCUGCAUCAUUGUUGGGAGAGGCAAUAACCGGAAAGGGUAUUUUACAACAACUCAAUUUGGAAACUGGUAUUCCGAUUUAUGAAGCCGAGCCUCUUCUUCUCUUUUUCAUCCUGUUUACCCUCCUUGGAGCCAUCGGAGCUUUGGGUGACCGUGGCAAGUUCGUUGAUGAGCCUACCGGACUUGACAAGGCCGUUAUUGCCCCAGGAAAAGGUUUCCGCUCAGCAUUGGGACUUAGCGAAGGAGGUCCAUUGUUUGGGUUCACCAAGUCGAACGAGCUAUUUGUAGGAAGAUUGGCCCAAUUGGGUAUCGCUUUUUCGUUGAUAGGUGAAAUCAUCACAGGGAAGGGAGCUCUAGCACAACUAAACAUUGAGACCGGGCUCCCAAUAAGCGAGAUUGAACCACUUGUGUUGUUCAAUGUCGCUUUCUUCUUUGUUGCUGCUUUGAAUCCUGGUACUGGAAAAUUCGUCACUGACGAGGAUGAAGAGUAAACCAAUAUAAAUUUGGGGGGGUUUUGUAGAUUUUGAUCAUUUUAAUUUUAUGUAUCUGUGUGAAGUGUAACACAUUAAUAUUUAGUCUCUAUAAAAAAACAAUGUUCAAUAGCAA